AUGCGGCUAUCAACAACGGCAGUAUUAUGUCUUGGCUGGACACUCAUAGACUCGGCAGCCGCCGUUGAUGUAGAUUGGACAUCGUCCAGCUCCAUUAAAGAUGCAGCGGCUACGCUUGCCUACGGGCUGAUGAAAUACUAUCACGGCAACAAUACCGGCGACACGCCAGGUAACCUGCCAGAUCCCUAUUACUGGUGGGAGGCUGGCGCGAUGUUCGACACUAUGAUUGAAUACUGGGCCUACACCGGCGACGAGAGCUACGUCGAUGUGACGUACCAGGCCAUGCAGCACCAGGCUGGUGACAACGACGACUAUAUGCCGUCUAACCAGACCAUGAACGAGGGAAACGACGACCAGGGAUUCUGGGCGAUGGCUGCGAUGGUAGCUGCAGAGCGCAAUUUUAAAAAUCCCGGAAGCGACGGCGUGCAGUGGCUCAAACUCGCCCAGGCCGUCUUUAACGAGUACGCCGGUCGAUGGGAUGCGGACAACUGUGGCGGCGGGCUGCGAUGGCAGAUCUACACAUUUAACAACGGCUACACGUACAAAAACAGCAUCGCCAACGGCUGCUUCUUCAACCUCGGCGCACGACUAGCCAGAUACACCGGCAACACCACCUAUGCUGAUUGGGCUACGAAAAUCUAUGACUGGAUGGUCGACGUGAACUUUAUCGACAGCUCCUACAACGUCUAUGACGGCGCCGGCUACGCCAGCAACGCCAACUGUACCCAAAUUGAUAAGGUGCAGUUCUCGUACAACGCCGGCAUCUGGAUGCACGGCGCCGCCGUCAUGUACAACUACACAAACGGGUCGACGACCUGGGAGACCCGCGUGCGCGGCCUCGUCAACCGCACGAGCGUGUAUUUCUUCAACAACAGCGUCAUGUACGAACCCUCGUGCGAGCCCCAGAGCACCUGUGAUACCGACGAGCUGUCGUUCAAGACCUAUCUGAUGCGCUGGAUGGCCGGCACCAUUCAGGCCGCCAGCUUCACCUACGACAUGAUAUAUCCGCUUAUGCUUGCCUCGGCAAAGAGUGCCGCCUUGCAGUGUGAUGGAACCGCCACCGCUUCCGACGGGUUCAAGGGCAUCAGCGGCACCGCGUGCGGGUCGCACUGGGUCGAUGGGGCCACGUGGGAUGGCACAAACGGCGUAGGCCAGCAGAUGGCUGGCCUCGCUGCCAUCUUUUACAGCCAAGUCAAUGCGUUCAACGUGUCGAGCCCUGUCACUACCAACACCGGAGGCACUUCGACCGGCGAUGCAUCAGCCGGCACGGCAACAACCAACAAAACGGCGUUGACAACUCUCUCUGCGAUCACUACGAGCGAUAGGGUCGGCGCAGGACUCUUGACGACGAUCAUUUUAGCGGCCAUGCUCUGCGCUUGUUUUUUUAUGAUCCGAGAUUAG